AUGACUUUUGGGAAAGCCGCAUUUCUCUCUUUCUCUCUCUUCGGAGCAAGCUGGGCUGGCCCUUCUCGGACGCUGCAGGCUCGAGCAGUCUGCACGCCAAAAGCCGGGGGCUCGUCGAGUAUCGACGACGUCCCAGCUAUUGUCAAGUCGAUCUCGGCGUGCGGAGAUGGCGGAACUAUCGUCUUCCCCGAGGACUCAACAUACUACUUGAAUAGCGUGCUGGACCUCGCCGGCUGCUCCGGCUGCGAGCUUCAAGUAGAGGGCCUCCUCAAGUUUGCCAGCGACACUGACUACUGGAAUGGCAGGACGGCGAUGAUCAAUGUAAAGAAUAUCGAUGGGUUGACGAUACGCUCACUCACGGGAUCCGGCGUUAUUGAUGGAAACGGCCAAAAUGCGUAUGACCGCUUUGCAGAGGACUCAAGCUAUGACCGUCCGACGCCCUUGUAUAUAACAGGAGGUGGGGAUAUCAAAGUCUCCAACUUUCGGCUGAAGAAUGCUCCCAAUGUCUUCGUCUCCGUCAAGGGCGGGACCACAAACGCAGUCUUCUCAGAUAUGAGGUUAGAUGCGACCUCGAAAUCGGAGAAUUUACCCAAGAACACAGACGGAUUCGAUAUCGGUGAGAGCACCUACGUAACCAUCAGUGGCACAACCGUGUCCAAUAACGACGAUUGUGUUGCGUUUAAACCCGGCUGCAACUACUUGACGGUCACCGACAUCACCUGCACGGGAUCCCAUGGUCUGUCUGUCGGCUCCUUGGGCAAGAGCAGCGACGACAUCGUGCAGAACGUCCGGGUGGAGGGAGCGACCAUGAUCUCGUCUACCAAAGCGGCGGGAAUCAAAACGUACCCGAGUGGCGGGGAUCAUGGCCUCAGCACUGUGACGAACGUGACCUGGAAGGAUAUCACUAUUCAAAACUGCGACUACGCGAUCCAGAUCCAGAGCUGCUAUGGCGAGGACGAGGAGUACUGCGAGACCAAUCCGGGGGACGCAGUGUUUUCCGGAAUUGCCUUUGAAGGAUUCAGCGGCACGACAAGCAGUAAAUAUGACCCAGUAACAGGAAACCUUAACUGCGGGGAAGACGGCAAGUGCGAUGUCUCCGUUGUUGACUAUUCUGUAAAAGCCCCUUCGGGGGGUGCUGCCGAAAACCUCACUGUCACCACCUACAAGAACAGAUGUCUCUGCCAGGCACGCAGUGUCUAA